GAUGUUAGUCGGUGGGUUUGGACACAGAUUCUCAUCUUUUGAUACUUAGGAGCAGUUUGAGCUCAAAUCUCCCCAAGUCUUUUUCCUCCUGGAUAUCUCGGUGCUCUCCGCUAUAGUUAGUCGGUACCGGAGCUCCUAACUCUCGUGCAGUGAAGCGGAGACGGUCACUGGAUGUAAAUUCGGGCUGUGUGAGCUGCACUAACGUCCAUGUGCAAAGUUCUGUCCAACAUCCCAUUCUGAAAGAAGCCAAAGGUGGAUUUGAACUGAAACCUAAAAUCAUAUCUGGAGGAAGACCAAGAUCAGCUGAUUCCAGCAAACAUGGAUGGAAGACCCACCUGUGACCAGUGUGGGAAGACUUUCACCAGAAUGAGUGGGCUGAAGAAACACCUACGUAUCCACACUGGAGAAAAACCAUAUAACUGUGACCAGUGUGGGAAGAGUUUUAUCACAACAACCAUCUUAAAAGAACACCAACGCAUCCACACUGGAGAAAGACCAUAUGACUGUGACCAGUGUGGGAAGACUUUCAUCACAGCAAGUCACUUAAAAAUCCACCAACGCAUCCACACUGGAGAACGACCAUAUUUCUGUGACCAGUGUGAGAAGACUUUCAUCACAGCAAGUCACUUAAAAAUCCACCAACGCAUCCACACUGGACAACGACCAUAUUACUGUGACCAGUGUGAGAAGACUUUUAGCACAUCAAGUGUCUUUAAAUAUCAUCAACGCAUUCACACUGGACAACGACCAUAUAACUGUGACCAGUGUGGGAAGACUUUCAGCACAGCAGGUCAGUUAAAAAUCCACCAACGCAUCCACACUGGAGAAAAACCAUAUAACUGUCAACAGUGUGAGAAGACUUUUGCCACCGCAGGUCAAUUAAAGAAGCACCAGCGUAUACACACUGGAGAAAGACCAUAUAACUGUAACCAGUGUGGGAAGACUUUCAUCACAAUGAGUGUACUGAAGCGACACUUACGCAGUCACACUGGGGAAAAACCAUAUGACUGUGACCAGUGUGGGAAGACAUUUACCACUGGACGUUAUUUAAAAAUCCACCAACGCAUCCACAGGGGAGAGAGACCAUAUAACUGUGAUCAGUGUGAGAAGACUUUCACCUCAUCACAUCCCUUAAAAAUCCACCAACGCGUCCACAAGGGAGAAAGACCAUAUGACUGUGACCAGUGUGGGAAGACUUUCACCACAGCAAGUGACUUAAAAACGCACCAACGCAUUCACACUGGAGAAGAACCAUACAACUGUGACCAGUGUGAGAGGACUUUCAGAUCCCAUUCCGCUUUAUAUUCUCAUCAUCGUGUUCACCACAAGAAUUUGAUGUACUCCUGUGAUAAGUGUACAAAGACAUUCUGGUCCUAUUCCUCUUACAGGUAUCAUCAACGGACCCAUAUUGGAUCCCAAUCAGUGUAGAUUUAGUGACAGAUCUCUUAUCACAGGUUCACAAUGUACCAAACAUGAACGUGCCAAACAUUUCUACAGAAGACAAACACUGAACAGUUGUACAAAAAUAAGACUCUAGACAAUCAGUGUCAUAACACACCAAAACAGUUGGCGUGUUAUCAGUGUCCAAACAGAUUAUGAUCAUCCUCUACUCUCUCCAAUCAUCAGCACUGAUGUGAAUCAUCAGUGUCUGGACCAAACAGUACCUCAGCGUCAGAUGAGAAGAAGAAAACCAGUGUGUGUGAACCAGCAGCACCGACUUCUUCUGACAAGAACAUCAGACUUCAAAACCUCCAGAUCAGGCUUCACAGGAUCCAGAUGUGAAGACAAACAUCAGACUGAAAGCUGUGUUUUGUUGUCUUCAGAGUACAGAAGUGUGUUCAAAUGCACCAUCUU